UGCGUCGCGCCAGUAACAACAAUAACAAGGUAAUAAGCAGGCCGGAGAAGUCAAGUGGAAAAAAAAAACCCCGCCAACAAUGGAGGAUAUCCACCAUAUGGUAUUCUUUCUUUUAGCCAUGUGGCUUCAUACUACUAGAAGAAGACAAGCUUUGUUCGAGAGUAGACUGCAGGCCGCGCGGAGAAACACUGAGGAGAAAAUGAGGAGACUUUUGGAAUUGAUGGAGGAAGAAACAUUUACAAGGAAAAGACGGCGGCGGAGAAGGAUUCUGCCGAUGCUGCUAAAGAGCCGGCGUAGACCGAGCAUCUGGGCCGUCCGUCGCUCCAACGAGUGGUGGGACCAGGUGGUGCCGGGCUUCACGCGCACGGACUGGGUGCACCACUUCAGGAUGUCGGAAGAGACUUUCCUCCACAUCUGUGCCGAGCUCCGUCCCGCCAUGCAGAAGCGGGACACCAACUUCCGCGUGUGCGUGCCCGUGAAGAAGAGAGUGGCCAUCGCUCUGUGGAAGCUGGCCACAAACAGCGAGUUCAAGAGCAUCAGCCAUCUUUUUGGCGUCAGCAAGACGACGGUGUGCCGCUGCGUGCGGGAAUUCUGCUCGGCCGCGUGCGCGCUGUUGCUGCCGCAGCAAAUCCGCUUCCCCAACGCGGACGAGCUCCGAGAAAUGGCGGCCGGCGUGGAACAGAGCUGGGGGCUUCCGCAGUGCAUCGGCGCCAUCGACGCCGCCCACAUUCCCAUCAUAGCCCCUACGGAGAGGCACGGCGACUACGUCAACGAGGGAGGCUGGCAUUCCAUCAUCCUCCAAGGCGUCGUGGACGGACGAGGGCGGUUUUGGAGCGCUGGCGUCGGCACGGCGGGGAGUUUGGACGAGGAGGAAGCGCUGAGGAUGUCGUCCUUGUGGCAGGUGGCCGAGCAAGGGACCUUUUCCCCGCCGUGCGCCAGGAACGUCGCCGGCGUGACCGCGGGCUACUACAUCCUGGGAGACGCCGCCUACCCGUCAAAGAGUUGGCUCCUGAAGCCGUUCCCCGACGACGAUGGGCAGCUGACGGCGGCGCAGCAGACGUACAACGAGAAGGUGAAUAAGGCGCAAACGAUGGUCACCGGCGCCUUCUCCCGACUGCGAGGCAGGUGGCGCUGCCUGACCAAGCGCAACGACAGCGACAUCGAAGUGGUGAAGUCCAUGGUGCUGACUUGCUGCGCGCUGCACAACCUGUGCGAGCGCCGCGAGGAGGAGUACCGCCAAGAAUGGGACGCUCACGUGGCCGCGCCCGCUCCCGCGCGAACGCCGGCAAGCGACGACGAGGAAGAAGGCGAGGACGUACGUGUUGCUCUGAUGCGCUUUUUUAGCAACGCCUCACUUUAAAAACAACAAACAUUGUUGGAUUACGUCAGUGGUUCUUAACCAUAGGUCCAAAUCUCUGUUUCUGCAGGGAUACUCGGUUGUAAUACACUUUUCCACCACUUGUGGCAGUAAUGAAACUAUCAAACAAACAGAAGAAGUUUCUUAAGCGCCAAAAUUAUGACUAAAGUGGUGAAGCUGUUUUCAUUCACACUUUAAUUAAGGAAACAUAUUUUCAUUACUAAUAUUAUUAUAGAGUUAGAAUUGAUUUAAUUUAGCAUUGCUUAAUUGUAUGUGAAUGUAUUAGUCAUCAGUUUUUAUUGUUCUUUUUAAAAAAAGUACAUUUAAUUAGUAUUAAUUCUUGACCUAAGCUUUGAUAAUAAUCUUUGUAAUUAACACAUUCUUUAAAAUAAUUUGACAAGGUUUAUCCUGGAACUGUAAGUAGGUUAGAUACAGAGGUGGGUAGAGUAGCCAGAAAUUGUACUCAAGUAAGAGUACUGUUACUUUAGAGAUUUAUUACUCAAGUAAAAGUAAGGAGUAGUCACCCAAAUAUUUACUUGAGUAAAAGUAAAAAGUAUGUUGUGAAAAAACUACUCAAGUACUGAGUAACUGAUGAGUAACAUACA